GGCUCCCGGCAGCGGCUGCCGCAGAAGAAGAAGACGGUGUCCUUCAGUUCCAUGCCCAACGACCGCAAGAUCAACAGCACGGCCGCCUGCAUCUCCCUCAUGCUGGAGGGCUGCGAGCUGAAGAAGGUGCGCUCCAACUCCCGCAUGUACAGCCGCUUCUUCGUGCUGGACGCUGACAUGUGCUCUGUGCGCUGGGAGCCCUCCAAGAAGGACUUGGAGAAGGCCAAGAUCGAGAUCAAGUCGGUCAAAGAGGUGCGUGUGGGCAAGAAGACACCUAUCCUGCGCAGCAAUGGCCUCUCUGACCAGUUCCCGGAUGAGUGCGCUUUCUCGAUCAUCUACGGAGACAACUACGAGUCCCUUGACCUGGUAGCCAGCUCAGCUGAUGUGGUGAGUGCCUGGGUGAUGGGACUGCGGUACCUGGUGUCCUAUGGGAAGCACAGCCCAGAGGCGCCCGGGACUGGCCACCCCAGUCUCCGAACCUCCUGGAUCUCCUCUGUCUUCGACCUUGCUGAUCUGGAGAAGUCUGGCCGCAUCCCUGUGUCCCGGGCCGUGCAGCUGAUCAAAGCGCUCAACCCCGGCAUGAAGACCUCCACCAUUGAGCUGAAGUUCAAGGAGCUGCAGAAGGCCAGCGAGCGUCCUGGUGUGGAAGUGGCCUGUGACCUCUUUGUGGAGGCAUAUUGUGAGCUCUGCACCCGGCCCGAGAUCUUCUUCCUGCUGGUCCAGUUCUCCAGCAACAAGGAGUACCUGGGUGUGAAGGACCUGCUGAUGUUCCUGGAGGUGGAGCAAGGCAUGGAGGGGGUGACGGAGGAGAAGUGCUUAGAGAUCGUUGGCAAGUAUGAGCCCUCCAAGGAGGGCCGGGAGAAGGGCUACCUGGCCAUCGACGGCUUCACACGCUACCUGCUCUCUGCUGACUGCUCCAUCUUCGACCCACAGCACCGCAAGGUCUGCCAGGACAUGGCACAGCCCCUUUCCCACUACUACAUCAGCUCUGCCCACAGCGCCUGCCUGCUGGAGGACAACUUCUGGGGCCCCAACCCUGUGGCGUCCUACCUGCCCUCCCCAGAGCAGCUCAAGGGCCGCAUCCUCAUCAAGGGCAAGAAGCUGCCACCCAGCUGUGAGGACAGCGAGGGGGAGGUGUCUGACGAGGAGGAAGGCUGGGAGCUGGCGCGGGGGCGGCUGGGCCAGGAGGACCGGGAGGCGCCAGAGGGAGGUGGCCCACGGCGGGUGCGCCUCAGCCGGGAGCUCUCGGAGCUGGUGAGCCUCUGCCAGGCCGUCCCCUUCCAGGACUUCGAGAGCUCACGGCGUGGGCAGCGCUACUGGGAGAUGUGCUCCUUCAGCGAGGUGGAGGCAGGACGCUUCGCCAACGAGUGCCCGGCCGAGCUGGUCAGCUACAACAAGCGGUUCCUCUCCCGUGUCUACCCCAGCCCCAUGCGCAUCGAUGCCAGCAACAUGAAC